CGUUGCUGUACCAUCAAGAAGCUGCAGUUUCUUCAUCUCUCCAUUUGCGGAUUGUAGUCUAAUGAAUGGCAGAUAUCCUUCGGACAGAAUCGAUCACCUUCGAGAGAGGACGUAUGACCAUUUAUCUGCUAUUUAUGCGAGCAGCGGUCGAGAGUGACUAAUAGUACAAGGACAAGACGUCGACGUGAUGGCCGAACAGGGGAAGUCGGGAAGUCGGGACGGCGGUGGUACAAGUAAGGAACAGAGAAUGGUACACGAUAAGAAGGCGGUCGUGAAAGUCGUAAGUAAUCAGACAUCAGAGAAGCGGUACGAAAGCCAGAAAAAUGGUUUGCAUAUUCAGAUACGAGGCACAGGAUUCGGAAAGCAAGAUUGCGUUCGGGAAGGGGAGUGUACACCGGUAAUGGAAAGAGAUGCAUGGAUGUCUAGGCGUUACAAUUGCGUUUGAGAGAUGAGAGAAGCUGUUGAAGAACGCUAAGGGACCCGCGACGAUAACUGUGAAUCGCACGAGCCUCCCACCGUGGAUGACACUUGGGAAUAAUUCGCUCCAAUGAGCCACCCUUGAAGAAAGAAAACGUCUAGGCCGCAACGAACCCAAAUUGAACCGGGCUGGGGGUACUGGAGGAGUCUUCGUGAGGGAACUUUGUACAGAUCCGAGCAGGGUCGUGAAGUGUAAGACGUGGCUGAUUCGGAUCGGAGAGCAAGACACAAGAUGAAACGAGUCAACGUGAGGUAUGCAAGGAGUCGAAGGUCGUUUCUGCCGUGAGCAUCAUUUUGGACGUGAAUGACGGCAGUUUCCUCGAAACGAGAUGCAGGUGCCACCCUUUUGAAGGCGGAUUAGGACUAUAAGGAUGCGGUUCGAUAGAAGUGGCGG